UCGUUCGGCAAAGUUCGGUUUUCUGCGAGUUGCUGUGGGCGGCCAGUUGUGGAAAUCAGCUGUGUUUUCAUUAAAAAUAACAACCCAGAAUUGGCCUUUUCCAAGAUGUCUUCGCCACCACCUAAUAAGAAAAGAAUAGAUGCAGACAUAAUAAAGUUGAUUGAGGCAAAACGAGAAGUGACUAUUCUACGUGGGCUGAAUGAAUUCCUUGUUAAAUUCUACGGACCUAAAGGAACGGCCUAUGAGGGAGGAGUAUGGAAAGUCAGAGUAGAUCUUCCAGACAAGUAUCCUUAUAAGUCACCUUCCAUUGGCUUCUUGAACAAAAUAUAUCAUCCAAAUAUAGACGAGGCUUCUGGGACGGUUUGUUUAGAUGUAAUCAACCAAGCAUGGACACCGUUGUAUGAUUUAUCGAAUAUCUUUGAGCAGUUCCUUCCACAGCUUCUGAGCUAUCCCAACCCGAUAGACCCUCUCAACGGAGAUGCUGCAGCACUAUUCUUGCACAAACCAGAAGAUUACCAGAAGAAAAUCAGGGAAUAUAUACAAAAAUAUGCAACAGAGGAAGUACUGGAAGAGCAGGAGAACCCUUCAUCAUCGAGUGAAAGUUCCAUGAGUGAUUUUUCAGAAGAUGAAACAGAAGGGAUGGAGCUAUAGCCCCAGCCCCCUCCCUCUUCCCUUUUAUUCCUACCCCCCCCCCCCCCUUGUCUCUUGCAAUCUUAGCCCCCAUUUUGUACAGUAAUCCCUUAGAAUUGAAAUGUUUUUAAAGAAGGAAUAUGGAAAUGUUGGUUUUAUUCCUGUUUCCAGACCUUGUUUACAUUGCUAAGACUUUGUUUGACAUCUAGCACAAAAAAUGUUCUUCUUAAAUGGUUGCAGUACUCAUUGUCGUGGGUCUCCAGAGGCUUCAAAUCGUACGAUUAUUAUUGGACUGUAGCAUUCAUUAUGCCCAGUGAUGCAUCGUGUAACUGCGCCAUUAUCAAGCAUGCUUUCAGGAAAGAGAGAAAGUCGUACGAGGAUCAUUUCUGAUUUGGUGCUAAAGCUCUUCGUUGUGACGUGGUAUCGGUAGACAGCUAUAAGCUUUUGCUUCAAACAACCUUGAUGUCCAAAGUCUGGUGAAGAAAGAUGGGGAUAGGGUACCUGGCAGUGUGAAAGGGGCAUCUCACUUCAUAUGAUCAUCUACAGUAUACAUACAGAAACACUGCACCUCAACCUUCGAUGCACCACGUUCUCGGAGUUAUUCACAUAACUAAACUUCUGAAGACUAUCUCCAUGUUCACUUGUACAAGAAAAACCAGUGCAGCAUCUUGAAGUGGCUUGCACCAAGACGAUUGGUUAACAAUGUAACAAACCAGGUGCAAGAAUUUUACGACGUCCAGGUUUGAAUGCAAUACCACUACAACAAAGACGGCUUCAUGAAGAAAUUAUUGCAUGGUUCCAUUUAAGAAAAUGUAGAGAGAAAAAAAAAGGACAAAGAGUUUAUUGAUCUUUGACAUGAAUCAUAAAUUUCCCGGCAAUGUAAACAUGGUCAGUGUUUGACCUUCCUCGCCCUCUGUGCCAGUUCUCUGCUGUCAAAUCUUUUUAAAGAUCUAUUUUUAAAAUGUAUCGAUAUGAAUAGAGUAUUUAUUUGAAAGAAGCAGGAUGGGAGUUUGUGACAUAUCUUCUUUUUUUUUUUUUUUGGUCUCCUGCAGAUGUUAUACAAAAGUCUGAAGUGUUGUGCCAUGAAUGUAUCUUGUCAGGUGUAGUUAUACUCAAUCUAUUCAACAUAUUUAUCCUUUUUAUCUUAAAAUCUAAUCUUUUUUUGAUUAAUUUUUCUACAACUUACAAGAGGAUGCUUUGAUUACCAUGCAUUAGCUGCACAGGGUGAUUUCAGGCUUUUAUUGCAGAUUUUAUUGAAACAAUCUUUUUUUAUUUUUAUGUGUGAUCAUGAAGAUGGUAUACUUUCAAUCCAAAAACUUGCGCUUGCAUUAACUUUGCCAAUGCUCCAGACCGGGCAAAGUUUCAUUCCCCUGCAAUAAUUGAAUUGCCUCGUUUAUUUUCACUAAAACUAUGUCAUGAAAACAUGUUAACAAUUUGCAAAAGUUUCUGGUUUCUAAAAUAGGUGAAAUGAAGAAAAAAUUUGAUUUUAUCAUGGAUGUUUAUUUAUCAUUAUUUGAAACCCUUCAAUACAAAUAAAUUUUGGAAAUAAAUUAGAAAUGAAGCAACAAACUACAAAACUAUGAAUACGGAAACUAUUUAGUUUUUAUCAAAAAUGCCUUCAACUUUCAAAGAACAAAAGAAGCUCUUAUUUAGCAAUUCUUAGUAACAGGUAUGGAAUGUAUUUCUAUGGGAACAGUAAAGUAUGACAUUUCUGUAAGAAAUUAAGUAAAUUGAUAUCCUUCAUUCAACAAUAUUAUCCCAACCAUGAGCUUGUGUGAAAGGGAGUUAUUGAAAAAAAAGUAUCCUAAGCGGUGAACACAAGUUAUCCACUUCUAUUUUAUUCUUAAACAUGUAUUUUGAUUUGUACACUUGUGAAGUGUUCUUAAUAUUUCUUAUUUUUCAAGAGAAUAACUUGUUAUUGGUUUCAAAAGCUGCAGGUCUAACCAAAUUGUACAGUUACCAUCCUUUCUCGUUUUUUUUUUUGCUGCUGCGGUGUAAAUUUUGUUGAUUUUAUAUUCAUGACGGUUGGAAUGGUAAAGCAAUGUAUUUGAUGGUUUCGUUUAAUCUACGUGGCUCAAGAAGAAGAAGAACAAUAACAUCAACAACAAGAAAGACUUGAGCUGAUGUUCAGAUGUAUUUUCACUCAAAAGAGAAAGUUGAUGCUGUUCAGUGCAACUUUUCCCAACUUUGUGUGCAAUUGCAUGAGUGGGGUAACUGGGUCACACAUAUAUGAGUCAACCAUGCUUUUAGUUUGCAAAACAGCACAUGAAACCAAAUUUUAUUUCAUUUCCAUGAAAUGGUCACGUUUAUUGAUAGAGAAAAGUUCAACAAACUCAGCUGUGUAUUUGGAAUGAGUUUACCAUGCAAGUUGAUGUCAAAAUAGAGCAAUAGUUGUUACAGUGAGGUCAUACAUAAUGUUUAAAUGUCUUCGUUCAGUCUACAUGUAUGUGUCCAGCUAGUAUGCAUGUAUUCACAACUUGCACAUUGCACCAAUAACACAGUCUAAGUUUUGCUAGUUAUAAUUGUAUAUGGUCAAUACUUUCGCUCACACAAAUAAGUGUAAAAAAGGGUUCCAUAAUGAAAGUCAAUAUUCAGGUUAUUUUUUAAAAGGUAAAAUUAUUGAUUUACACAUACAGGAGAAUAGUCACCUGAAUGAAUGAAUAUAGCAAUAUUUUUUAAUACCAAAAGUUGUUUUUGUUUGGAAAUACAUGACUGAGCAUACUACCAAAUCAAACCCAUUGCAUUAAUUCUUUAGCAGUUGUCUUCUCAAGACAACACAAUCAUCUUGUCAUGAAACCAGUCUGAUUUUUUACCCAUAUCCAAGGACUUUUGCUUUUUAUCUUCUUUUUUAUAUGCUGUCUACAUAAACAUUUUGACAUUGACAUAUGUCUUGUAUGUGAUUUUCAUACAAAGUCACAAAUCAUCAUCGUAAAGUACCACAUGAAUGUGCGUUUUUAAUUUGAAAGCUGAGUAAAUCCUAUGAAAAAAACCAAAUAUCAAAAGUAUAUGGAUUACUAACGAAUGGCAGAUUUCAGAGAAAGAAUGUUGUUAGGGUCUUCAAAAAAAAAUUGAUAUCAAAAGUCCUCAAAAUUUUCUGUGGGUGGGAUUAUAACCAUCACCCCAAAACUAAAUUUUUUUUCUUGCUAAAUCAUUUCAUGAAAUAUCUGUUAUUCCAUUUUGAAGGUUGAGAUUUGUUGCAUUCUUAGCUUGACUGAAAAUGAAAAUAUAGAAAGACAGAAGAGCGACUCCGAGUGAGAUUCAUGAGAAAGAUCAUGGAAAGAAAACAAACAUUUGUAUUGUAUAACCUGUUCCCCCCAUGGCACAACCUAUAUGUAAUCUCCCCCAUCCCCGUAUCCUAAUCCAUAUUCUCCUUUUUUUCUAUCUCAUCUAUGUCCAUUAUCUCUAUUUGUAUAUGUUUACCUCUGUACAUGCAUAUUAUAUUUAAACAAACAUACGAAGAGAAGAUUUUUGCUAGAACUAUUUAAUUACCGUAGUUAGAGUGUGCAUGUAGAUUAGAUAUUGAGAUGUAUUUCGUAGGAGGAGGCAGGUAGGUAGGUGGGUGAUUGAUGGACUGUGGAACAUGCCAGUUUUUAAAUGACAAGUAUAUAUAUAUUGUAUUCUUAUUACCAUCUGUAUUGUGUAUUGUGUGGGAGGAAUGAUUGAUUCGUUCAAUACGCAUAAUGGCAUUUAUGUAGAAUUGUCUGUAUUUUUUAUGUAGGCAAUGGAGAGGAUUGUCUGAUGCACAUUUAUGGGUUGUUUGGUCAGUUUUUUGUGAGGUUUCAUUAAAUGUGGUGAAUAGAUGCUGGUUCAGCAAAAUCCUGCACCCCGUGUUUCCUAAUAUUGCCUAAUACUUUGCAACGUUCUUGGAUAAAUCUUAUCUCAAUCUCGGUAGAGAUGUCACCCAGAUGUCUGUUUUGUUUUUAUAAUUUUAGUAGCAUUUUAAAAAAAUCAUUUUUAAAAGAGAAGCAUUUUCAAAGAACCUGAGUUUUUAAUAACAUAGAGAUAAAAGCUCUAACCCAAUUUUACAUGUUCCGAUAUCAAUCUUUUAACUGCUUGUACCCUGUGUAAUGAUCAAGGGUGAUAUUUAUUGCCUUGGUAUUAAGCAGUAAGGAUCGUACCUAGGGGGUGUACAUGUUUGAAUAUAGAAUGCUAUCCAUCAAAUUGAACUGUGUGCUUUAGGAUUUUUAAUAAGUUAUUUAUUUAUUUCCAUUUGUCUAUCUGUGACUUCAGCAUGUAACAAGUAGUAGAAGUACAUGUAUUACUAAUCACUUUAAUCUCAGUAUAUUUUUUUUAUUUUUUAAUUUUCAAUUGAAUAAUAAUCCUACCCCAAGAAGCUGGAAGAUUCGAUGGUAGAGCAGUGGUCUUGUUAGAAAGAGGUCCUGUGGCCGAAACCAAAAUGGUGUAUUAUUGAGGCUUUAACCGAGACACAUACAUUCAUUGGCUUAAAAGCUAAGAAAUCAGCAUUGAAAGUUUUAUAUGUAAUUCUCUUUUUUUCUGAAGUCCUGUGAUAUACUGAUGGCUAAAUUCUCCAAUUUCUUUAUUGAAUAUUGUCUAUGUGGCCUAAUUUACAUGGAUUCUUAAUCUGUUGUAGUGCUUCUUUUAAUUUGUCUGUUUACAGAUAGCAUCAUGCCACAUGUAGUAUAAAAUUUUGAAAAGCCUCAAUCCCAUGUGCUGUUGUAUCUUGUUAAACAUUACCUGACCAGUAUUGUUUAUCCACUUAGAUUCCAUUUAUUUGUCAUUUGAACUGGUAAUAACAUCCCUAUGUAUUAUGAUACAUGUACAAUGUAUAUUGUGAAUGGAAAUGUUAGAACUGGCUGUACAUAUCAAUUUGUACAUUAGAUAGAAUGGGUAUAGAAUGAAGCACUGUCAAUGUCGAAAAAGGCUCUGCAUGGAACCCUUUGAGGUUAUAUGAAGAAAGGUAGAAAAAGAGAACCUGUGAAUGUCAAUCUUUCAUAUUUUAAAAGCAA